AUGGAACAAAGAACUGCUGCAAAGAAGCCAGAAACACGUGAAAGACCUGAGAUUUCAGCUGUUUCUAGAGAAAAAGCUGAAGCUGCAAAAGCUUAUAUUGAACAAAAAUACUCAAAGUUAAAAAGAGAAGAAACAGAAAAACGCGAAGGGUGGAAUGAACUGUCACGCAAAAUGAAUGAACUUAGCCUGUCUACCACAGAUCAAGAGCUAAUUAAGCAAGAAAUCCUCCACAAGGAAGCUGAACAGCUACGACAAAAGCGAAAAAGGACAAGUGUUUUCGACUUUGAACCUAUUGCUAUUAUAGGGAGAGGUGCUUUUGGAGAAGUCAGAGUUGUUCGCAGCAAAAUAACUGGUGAAAUCUUAGCCAUGAAGAAGAUGAAUAAGUCAGAAAUGAAAAAAAACUUAAAAAAUUAUUUUUUUCUAAAAAUUUUUAAACAAAAAUAAUAUUAAUUUUAUAAGAAAAAUGGCUUUAAAAAUAGUGAUUUUUCUGCCUACCUAUCAGAAAUGAUAAGGAAAAACCAAGUGCAGCAUAUUAGAGCUGAGAGAAAUGUUCUAGCGCUGGCGAAUAAUCCCUGGAUCGUUGAGUUAAAAUAUUCAUUUCAAGAUGAAAGAUACCUUUAUUUAACUAUGGAAUAUCUCCCUGGAGGUGAUUUAAUGACAAUCCUUAUAAAGCGUGAUAUUCUCCCAGAAGCUGAGGCUAGAUUUUAUCUAGCUGAAAUGAUCAUGGCAGUAGACUCUGUUCACAAGUUAAAUUAUAUACAUAGAGACUUAAAGCCAGACAAUAUCCUUGUAGACUCUGAAGGACAUGUAAAAUUAUUAUUUAUUAAGAAAUCGUGUAAUAUCGUAAAGAAGCUAGGCUCUUGAUUUUUAUUAAAAUUAAUUAAAAAUCACGGCCUAUUAAAACAAUAGAAACCACAGGGUUUGCCGAAAAAUAGAACUUAAUGAAUCUAUAGAAAAGAUCUCAUUCAAAUCAUAGUCAAACGAAUCCAUUAUUACCUACAAAUAAUAAUCUAAUAAGUAAAUUUACUAUAAAAUCUAAAGGAAAAAUUUGAUUUUUUUCUCAUACUAGCAAUAACAAUGCACAUUCUUAAAAUAUUAAUCUUUGAGCCAAUAAAAAAAUAAUCUGUUUUUUCAAUAGAGGAAAGUCUCACCAUUUUAUAAUAAGAGAAAUCCUAGGAAGUUCAUAAAAUAAAACCCUUAUCUGACUAACAGGUAAAAACGAUAAAUACUUGUUUCGUCAAUUUAUAAUAGCCAAUAUAUUAUUAAAUUGGGUUGCUCGACUGUUUAAUAGAAAAACAAAAAGAGUUCACUUUUUGAGUAAACAAAAGGGUUUAUUACAUGCCAAAGUGAAAUUGCAAAAAUUAUAUCUCUGUUUAUUUUUGGGCAUCAAAUAAUAAUGCAGAAACGCAUGGCAAAGAGUGAAACAUAUUCUCUAAAUAUAAUGCAAAUUCAAGCCAUAGUUAUAUUUCUAUUUUCGCGUUCUUUUUACGCAUAAAUAAGAAUAAAAUUUAAGAAUUUAUUUAUUCAUUAAAAUAAAAAAUUCUCUUUCUUAAUAUCAACUUGAAAUUGGAACUCAUUAAAAACAAUUUUUUUUAAAUGCUAAAAUUUUUACACAUAUGUGCAAUUUUACAGGAUAAUAUAGAUCUUUUUCCAUAAAUUCAUUAGGUUCGAAUUUUUAGGCAAAUUCUGUGGUUUCUAUCCGCAUAUAACACCAAAAAUCACCAAAGUCAUUAAUAUAUUUAUUAUCAAAAGUAUAUCAGAUUUCGGGCUCUGCAAAAUGAGCGAAAUCCAAACUGACCACCCUUACUCAAAUUUACGAAAAAUCGAAGAAGAUGCAAAAACUAAACAAUACAUCGAAAAAAAAAGUGAUUACAAAAGAAAUAGAGCCCUAGCUUAUUCAACUGUUGGAACUCCUGAUUAUAUAGCCCCAGAAGUGUUUGGAAGGAAUGGCUACACUGAAACAGUCGACUGGUGAAGCUUAGGAGUAAUUUUGUAUGAAAUGGUCGUUGGGUAUCCUCCAUUUUUCUCAGACGAGCCUUCUAUCACUUGCCAAAAAAUCCUGCACUGAAGUAAAACUUUAGCAAUCCCACGAGAAGCAAAUUUAAGUAGAUCAGUCUCUGAUCUUAUAAGAAAAUUAGUAUGCGACCCACAAAAUCGGCUUGGUGUCAAUGGUGUAGAAGAAAUUCAGAGGCAUCCUUUCUUUUUAGGGAUAGAUUGGGAACGCUUAAGAAGUUCCAGAGCACCUUGGGUGCCAGAAGUAAUUUUUAUUUACUUUUCACUUCUGUAAGUGAAUAAUUUUUUUUGGCUAGUUCGCUGAAAGGAAUUAUUUCUUUAUAUGCUAAAAUGAAAUUUAAUUAUAAAAUUUAUUUUAGAAUGCAAACUAUUUCAAAUUAAAUCGAAUUUCUAUUAUAAUAUUUUUAUUUAUAUCAAAAAAAGUUUAUAUUAUAAAAAUAUUUUUGCUGGCUAUUUGAGAUAUAUCCUUUGCAUACAUUUUUUUUGCUUUCAUAAGUGAGAUGAUUUUUAAAUUUUAAAAAACUUUAACACGUCAUAAAUUUUAUAUGCAAUUUGCAAAAUAUAAUUUACCAAUUCAUUAUAAGUUUUAUAGAAAAUAAAAUUUAUAGAGAGGAAUUAGUUAAAAAGUGAAAUCGAUACCUCGAAUUUCGACCAAUUUGAAGAAGUCGAGCCUUUUUAUCCUCCCGAAGGCGAAAGAAAGCGAAAAUCAAAAAAAGACAAUAAUUUUAUUGGUUAUACAUAUAAAAAGGAGCUAGAAAACCAAAGGACUAGUUUAGUCACAGCCCUCCAAGAGCUUGAUGCAGUCAGAUCAUCAAUCCCCGCACCAGCUUCUCAGCCAGUACAAAAAUAUAAUAAGCCUCAAUUUGUAAUGAAUUCCCAAGAACUUUACUCAAGUUAA